AUGACUGACAGAGCGAGCUACAGCACCUCCAAAACCAACCCGCGCGCCCCGGCGGGUCCCGUGCUGCCCCCUGAGCCUAUAGACAUCAUCCGCAUGAAGGCCCGCUCACGGCGGGUCCGGCUCAACGUGGGCGGUCUCACACAUGAAGUCCUGUGGAGAACACUGGACCGGCUACCCAGAACUCGCCUGGGACGCCUAAGGGACUGCAACACUCACGAGUCACUGCUGGAGAUCUGUGAUGACUACAACCUCACAGAGAACGAGUACUUCUUCGACAGACACCCGGUGGCCUUCUCCUCCAUCCUCAACUUCUACAGGACGGGGAAGCUGCACAUGAUGGAGGAGAUGUGCGCCCUGUCUUUCGGCCAGGAGCUGGACUACUGGGGAAUCGAUGAGAUAUACCUGGAGUCGUGCUGCCAAGCCCGGUACCACCAAAAGAAGGAGCAGAUGAACGAAGAGCUGAGGAGGGAGGCAGAGGCGCUGAGGGAAAAUGAUGGAGAGGAGGAGGAACACGGCUGCUGUCCCGAGCAGAGGCAGAAGCUCUGGGAUCUGCUGGAGAAACCCAGCUCCUCUGUGGCUGCAAAGAUGUGUUCAUGUGUCUACGAGGUGAUGCUGAAAUUUGACACAGAGGCGAACAAGAUGCUGUAA